AGACCUGAGCCAGCAGUGAGUGUAGCCAGAGCUGCGCAAGCGCAGGCAGGGCUUCUUGCUGGGAGCGGGGCUGCCUGGCCAUGCUCUGGACACUCUGGCCAAGGUGGCUGACAGGCAAGGGACUGCCCCUCCUAGGUGCGGUGCUUCUGAGAAAGAGAGAGAAAAGAGGACCUCAGUGGAAGCUGUGGCGGUCCUUUCAGCAGGAGACCCAUCCGUACUACGACCUCCAGGUGAAGGUGCUGAGGGCCAGAAACAUCCGGGGCACAGACCUGCUGUCCAAAGCUGACUGCUAUGUGAAACUGUGGCUGCCCACGGCAUCCCCCAGCCCCGUCCAGACAAGGGUGGUGGCCAACUGCAGUGACCCCGAGUGGAAUGAGACCUUCUACUUCCGGAUCCACGGCGCUGUGAAGAAUAUCCUGGAGCUCACCCUCUAUGACAAGGAUGUCCUGGGCAGUGACCAGCUCUCCCUGCUGCUGUUUGACCUGAAGAGCCUCAAGCCUGGCCAACCCCACAGACACACCUUCCCACUCAGCCAGCAGGAUUCCCAAGAGCUGCAGGUGGAAUUUGUUUUGGAGAACAGCCAGGUGCCCGCAUCUGAAGUUAUCACCAAUGGGGUUCUGGUGGCUCACCCCUGUCUGAGAAUCCAGGGCACCCUCGGGGGAGAAGGGACAGCCCCCCAUCAAGGCUAUGGCGCUAGGCAGAUUCGGGUGGCAGUGCCUGGGGCCUCUGAGAAGCCUCAGCUCUUGCCUCUGCAGCCUCCAGGGGAGGCAGGCCUCCCAGCCACGUUUACCUUCCACGUGAAUGCAGCACUCAGCUCCAGGCUGGAUGUGGAGCUGGGAGAGACGCUCACAGUCCUACAGAGUGGCCCGAGUGCUGAGCUGGAGGCCCAGACGAGCCUGCUGGGUCAGGGGAACAUCCUGCUCUCCUCUCUGGCCCUGGGCCAGGAGCAGCAGCACAUCGUGGCCCUGGGGGAGGGCCAGGAGGUGGCUGUGAAUGUGAAGGCAGAAAUGAGCUCUGGGGACCUUGACCUGCGUCUCGGCUUUGACCUCUGUGAUGGUGAACAGAAAUUUCUGGACAAGAGGAAGCAGAUCGUGUCCAAGGCCCUACAGCAGGUGCUGGGGUUGAGCCAGGCUCCUGACAGUAGCCAGGUCCCUGUGGUGGCUGUGCUGGGUUCAGGAGGUGGAACCCGAGCCAUGUCUUCUCUCUACGGCAGCCUGGCAGGGCUACAGGAGCUUGGCCUCCUGGACACUGUGACCUACCUCAGUGGGGUCUCAGGGUCCACCUGGUGCAUCUCCACACUCUACAAGGACCCCGCCUGGUCUCAGGUAGCCUUGCGGGGCCCCAUCGAAUGUGCCCAGGCUCGGGUCUGCAGCAGUAAGAUGGGGGCGAUGUCCACAGAGCGUCUGCAGUACUACGCCCAGGAACUUGGGAUCCGGGAGAGCUGUGGCCAUAGCAUUUCCCUCAUUGACCUCUGGGGCCUUCUCAUUGAGUACUUCCUGUGCCAGCAGGAAAAUCCUGCUAAGCUGUCUGACCAGCAGGAGGCCAUCAGCCAGGGCCAGAACCCUUACCCCAUCUACGCCAGCAUCAACGUCCGUACCAACAUCAGUGGGGAAGACUUUGCAGAGUGGUGCGAGUUCACCCCCCAUGAGGUCGGCUUCCCCAAGUAUGGUGCUUAUGUUCCCACGGAGCUCUUUGGCUCAGAGUUCUUCAUGGGGCGACUGCUGCAGCUUCGGCCAGAGCCCAGGCUCUGCUACCUACAGGGUAUAUGGGGCAGCGCCUUUGCAGCCAGCCUGGAUGAGAUCUUCCUGAAGAUCGCUGGCUCAGGCCUUGGCUUCCUAGACUGGCACAGAGGCAGCCUAAACAUCACGGACGAUUGCCAGAAGCUCCAGCUACACGACCCCACACGGCUGCGAACCAGGCUCUUCACCCCCCAGGGGCCCUUCUCCCAGGCUGUGCUGGACAUAUUCACCUCCCGCUUUACCGCAGCCGAGAACUUGAACUUCACCCGGGGCCUCUGCCUGCACAAGGACUAUGUGGCUGGCAAGGAGUUUGUGGCCUGGAAAGAUAGGCACCUGGACGCCUUCCCCAACCAGCUCACUCCCAUGCGAGACCAGCUGUACCUGGUGGACGGAGGCUUUGCCAUCAACUCUCCCUUCCCACUGAGCCUGCAGCCGCAGAGAGCCGUGGACCUCAUUCUGUCCUUUGACUACUCCCUGGACGCCCCUUUUGAGGUCUUACAGAAGACAGAGCAGUACUGCCUGGACCGAGGCAUCCCCUUCCCCAAGAUUGAGGUGCGGCCUGAGGACUUGAAGGAACCCCAGGAGUGCUACCUGUUUGCCAAGGCAGGGGACCCAUGCUCACCCAUCGUGCUGCAUUUCCCCCUGGUCAACCGUACCUUCCGCACAUACCUGGCCCCAGGUGUGGAGCGACAAACUGCGGAGGAGAAAGCCUGUGGGGACUUUGUCAUCAGCGGGCCUGACACCCCCUACAGCAUGAUGAACUUCACCUAUGAGCCCCAGGAGUUUGAGCGGCUGGUGGCCCUGAGUCGAUACAACGUUCUGAACAAUGUGGAGACCUUGAAGCAGGCCCUCCGACUGGCUCUGGACAGGCGACAGGCUGCGGACAGGGCUAGAGGCUGACUCAGGCUGCAGCUGUGACAGAGAGGAAGGACUGUGGGCUCCAGACCAGGGCUAGGUUAGGGGGAGGGGUGGGAACCCUCUGGGGCUCCUGCUUCCCAUCUUGUCGGGCCUUGGGAAUCUCCUGCAGGAGUGCAGCCUGGACCUGGGGCAGGGAUCUUCUCCCACGGGUUUCUGGAAGGAGAGGCUCUCUCCAGGGGCUCUUGGGAAGGUCAGGCAAAGGUGAGCAGGGCUCAUGUGAUGUUGGAGUGUGUAGGGGAAAUGGGGCAACAGUCUAGCCCAGGGUCCACCCCAAACACAGAAAGACCUCAGAGGGCCCAGGUCUCCAGAUCCUCAACAGAAUGGGCGCCGUGAGAGCUGAGGUGCAGGUUACCCUUCUUAACCGAGACCAGAAGCAAAGACGAAUCCAUCCAAUCCACACUUCCUGCAAAUGGCCCCAGCCCUGACCAUCUUUUGCUCACCCCACUCCUGGAUUCAGUGCUAAGGCCUAUCAGGAACGAAGGGGGACCACACGGGUUGCCAUUCUGGGUCACUAACUCCCCGGUCCUGCCUGCUAACUCCCCUUUGCCUCUGGCUUCCCUGUCCCUGGUCACAGCUCCCCACCCUUCUCUGCUCAGCCUCCAAGAGGCUGUGGGAUGAUAACCUGCCCUGCUGGCCUCCAGCUCCUGGGUCCCCCUGCUAAUGACUCAUCUUCGCUCUCUACGCUUGCCAUUCUCUUGUCAUAUAGCUGCCACCUCGUGCAAAUGGUCUCACCAUUCCCAGAAGCUAAAUGUCUGAGGGCAUAUUCAUUUAUCAGAGGCUGAGUGGAUGUGAGCCAGCAUGUCUGUGUCCUUCCUAGUUGGGGUGGCUGGUGAGUGCCUGUCAGCUGCCAGGGAUGGGCAGAAGUGGAGGGACCCUGGCUGGGAACACUGGGGCCUGGGUUCCCGCCUUUUUCUUUUGUUAAUGGCCACAUCCGAGGCUUAUGGAAGUUCCUGGGCCAGGGAUUGAAUCUGAGCCACAGCUGUGACUCAAACCACUACAGUUGGAUUCUUAACUCGCUGUACCACAGGGGAAACUCCUGCCUUUUUCACAAACAAAUCCCACAACCUGGGCGAUCUCUCUCUCUCUCUCUCUCUCCCUCUGUUUAUCAUUUCUUCUGACGCACCGGGGCCCUCCAAAUACCUGGACCCUCUCCAGCAUGGGCAGACUUUAGGUCUGUGGAGGGGAGAUCCACCCUGACCAGGCUGGUAUGGGGAUCGUCAGGCCCCACCCAGUGCCAAGCCACCUGGUGCCCUUCAGGGGCCGCCCUGUCAUACUCACCACUCACUGGAACACUUGGCUCAUUUCUUUCCCCUCUGCCAGCAGUGCUCUCUUUUGCUGCAGCCUCUGCCUCAAUCUCUCUCUCUCUCUCUCUCACAUGCUCUCCAAGGCCAAAGUCCCAUUUUCUCUUCUAAUAAGAGACAAAGCCUCACUUGUCCUGACUCUGGGAAGAAGACCCUCGUUCUAGCUCCCAGCUGGGAGGAAGGUAUCUACAUCCCGUAUUGGCCUAGGAUCCCAGGCCUUCAACUGGACAUGACUGGGGGCACUGAGGCAGCGGGGCCAGUGCUGUGGGUGGGCACAGGGUGGGGGCAGCUUGUUUCUCUCCUGCCUCCUCACCAAGGCCAGUGGCCCUUGGGAUGGGCAGGCUGGUGAGCUGGUAUUUACACACCCUUCUGACUCUUCUCCUUUGACCUGCUAUCUUCCCUUUGGGUUUAUUUCUCUUUCCUGGAGUGUGCAAUUGAAUAGGUCUAUAGUGGAGGGUUGUAAACAUUCUGAGUCCUUAUAUGUCUGGAGUUGUCUUUUUUUGUCCUGAUUUAUGAAUUAUAGUCUGGAUGAAGGUAGAUUUCUUGGUUCGAGCUUCACAUUCCUCAGAUUGUUGUGCUCCCUUGCAUUGGAUGUUGCCUUUGAGCAGCCUGAUGUCAGCUGAAAACUCCUGUCCCAUUGUAGAUAAGAUUAUCUAAAUUAUAGGGUUUUCCCUGUCUUGGAUUUUCACGUGUUUCACUCUGAUUUUUCUAAAGUAUGAACUUAAAAUCAGUGAGCUCUUUUUUUUUCUUUUUAGGGCCACACCUGGGGCACAUGGAAGUUCCCAGGCUAGGGGUUGAAUCAGAGCUGCAGCUGCCAGCCUACACCACAGCAAUGCCAGAUCAGAGCCGCACCUGUGACCUACAUCACAACUCAUGGCAACAACAGAUCCUUUAACCCACUGAGUGAGGUCAGGGAUCAAACCUGCAUCUUCAUGGAUCCUAGUCGGGUUCAUUACCACUGAGCCAAGAACUCCAGUGAGCUCUUUCGAUUUCGAAAGUCAUGUCUUUUUGAAGUUCCAAGGAAUUAUUUUCCAAUUUUAUCAAAACUCUACUCUUCUUCAUUCUCUCUUUCUAGAUUCCUAUUAAAUGGAUAUUGAUAAAUGGAUAUUGAAAUGUAUGAAUCGAUCCUCUCUAUCCCUACAGUUUCCUUUUGCACAUUCUAUCUUUUCACUUGUGCUGCAUUCUGGAAAUUUUCUUUGCAUGAUUUUCUGGUUCACAUAUACAUUCUCCACCUAUGUCCUGUCUGAUCCUCUAUGCAUCUUUUGGGGGGUUUUAUUUAAUUUUUGACUAUCACAUUUUCCUGUUUAAGUUCUCUAAUUGGAUCUUCCAAAACGAUCUGUUCUUGUUGCACGAAUAUGCUUCCAUCACUCCUUACUUCCGAUGGUGUUAAUAUGUGCAUUUUAUGUCAUUUUCCUGAUUGUUCUGUAAACGAUUUCCUUGGGAUAGGUUCUUUGUGGCCUCUCCUUCAUGAGCUUGGCCUUCUUUGUAUAUUUGGUAAUUCUUGGUUGUCUUCUCGUCUCUGAGACUGUUCUGUACAAGCUCUGGGUUGGUCAAUGGCCAUGCAAUGGCAAUGGUGGCCUUCAGGUGGCAGUGUGGGACUUGCAGAGGAAGCCAAAGAGAUGCAGUUGCAGAGAUGGGUCAGAGCCUUGAAAUAACGCUAUGAAUUUAUUAAUCUAUAUUUAUAUCUAAUGGGUUUGGUGUUGUGGGAGGUAAGUAAAAUAUUACAAAGGAGCAUUCCAGUUUCAAGAUGAAGGACAGAAGACAGGCGAAGAUCACUCCCCAACAUAAAUUUUCUGAAUUUGUCUUUUUAAGAAAUAACAUAGAUUAAAUUAGCAAUUGUUUAUCCUCAAUAAUAAAAAGGUUAUAUGUUUCCAUCA